AUGACUGACCUGCCCACAAUCCGCAUUGGCUACGUGCCCGAGCACUACCUAACCCCGCUUCAUCUCGCCCUCCGUUCCCCAGCUAUUUCAUCCCUCCCAUUUAAACUCGCCCUAACUCCCUUCCCAUCGGGAACGGGUCAUAUGAUCACAUCCCUCCGCGGCAAUGAAAUCGAUCUCGCCAUCGGUUUGACCGAGGGGUGGGUUGCCGGCUUGGCCGGAAAGCAGCAAGCAAGCCAGAGCUCCGCAGAUGGAGCAUACAAGGUUGUCGGCCACUGGGUGGACAACCCUCUGCGCUGGGCUAUUGUCACAGGCCGCAAUCGCCACGAGAUCAACGGAGUGUCUGAUUUGAAAGAUAAGAGGGUUGGAGUCAGCCGGCUGGGAAGCGGAUCUCAUAUUAUGUCUUUCGUCCUUGCCCAGCAGCAAGGCUGGAAAGCUGACUCUUUGACCACUGUCCCUCUGGGACCCUUUGGACCCUUGCGGGAUGGUGUCUCCGGUCUUGACGAAUCAAAGCCUGAUCAGGCUGCUAACCCAUCCGCCGAGUUCUUCAUGUGGGAGGAAUUUACCACCAAGCCAUACUUCCAUCCCACAUCCGAGAAGCCGAACCCACCGCUUAAGAAGAUUGGCGAGAUUUUCACGCCCUGGCCUUCAUGGAUGAUUGUCGCUUCCACGGCGCUGUUCCCUAACCCCGAGCAAGACCAGCGAUUGGAGAGUCUUUUCCAGGCCUUUGACCAGGGAAUCAAGGACUUCGAAGCUAAUACUACGCAGGUUGUGAAACUUUUGGGGACUGGUGAGCUCGGUUGCAAUUAUAUUGAGGAGGAUGCAACGGAGUGGCUUAAGGAUGUCAAGUUCACCAAUGCCACCCGCGGCGUUGAUGAUAAAAUUAUUGGGAGUGUUGUCGAUGUGCUUAAGGUGGCUGGUGUUAUUGACUCUGCUAUGAGCAAUGACGAAGCUAUCCAACGAGUCAUCGGAAUCAAGAGGUAG